AUGUCGAGACUGCUCCUCGUUACCGCAAUUAUUGCGACAGCCCUAAUCGCUGAGAUGUCGUGUCAGCGAAUAAUUUAUCCGACGUACAGACCGCCCCCGAGUAGGCCAGUGAUCAUCAGAACCGCUCGUCGAGCGGGGAACGAUGAGCCGCUAUGGCUGUACAAAGGUGACGAUGCUCCACGGGCGCCAUCUACUGGAGACCAUCCCUACCUGCCACCGUACAUCGACGACAUCAAGUUGGACCCGCACACGAGAACAGCGCGUAGUUUUGACUCGCGCAGCUCAAAGCACUCGGGCGGAAGCCAUUCGACUUCCAGCGGCAGCCGAGACACAGGUGCCACACAUCCCGGAUACAACCGCCGCAACGCU